GACUUUGGAGGGCGCAUUUUUCCAGUUGCUUCGUUCAUGUUUAAAAGGCCCAUUCUCCACUCGAGGCCGUGUCUGCCAUCAGGAGCUGGUACAGGUUUAUUGCUAACUCCACCCAUCCUGCCUUUUGCAAUAAUCUUCGGGAGGUGGUGAUUGUUUCCCCAAGUAGAAUGACAGAGAGAUUCCCUGAAGGCAAAUGCAGAGUGUGCUGUACGCCUGUACAGAUACUCGCCAGUUCAGACACUUGGGGCUGGGAACUCCCAGAGAGAGAGAGUGUGUGUGUGCGAGUGGAGAGAGAACAACAGAACAGCCAGCCAGAGAGGAGGAGGUUGGGGCCGGGGGGUGGAAAGGCACUGCUGGUGGUAGGAUUCUCAAACAAAGGGGGGGGGGGAGACUUUUCUCCCCCCCAUGUCCUCCGUUCCCACCCCUUUCUUGUCUCCACUGUUCACUGAAGUGCCUUUUGCUGUCCCGGCUCGAUUGACCGCUGAGUUUGAACGGGCCAGUCUGACAUGAUGUACCUCUGGGGUAACCAGGAGCCAACAGCCACUCCUGACGCCAUGGUUCAGCCAUUUACCACCAUCCCGUUUCCACCACCUCCACAGAAUGGAAUUCCCACAGAGUAUGGGGUGCCACACACUCAGGACUACGCAGGCCAGACCAGUGAGCAUAACCUGACGCUUUACGGAGGUACACAAACGCAUGGAGAGCAGAGUACUAACACAGCCAGCACGCAGAAUGGAGCUCUGACGCAGACAGAAGGAGGGGCACAGACAGAUGGACAGCAGUCACAGACACAGAGUAGUGAGAAUACUGAGAGUAAAUCUACCCCAAAACGAUUGCAUGUCUCCAAUAUCCCCUUCCGAUUCCGGGACCCUGAUCUCCGGCAGAUGUUUGGGCAGUUUGGCAAAAUCCUUGAUGUAGAAAUAAUCUUUAAUGAACGUGGCUCCAAGGGAUUCGGGUUCGUAACUUUCGAGAAUAGUGCUGAUGCAGACAGGGCCAGGGAGAAAUUACACGGCACCGUGGUAGAGGGCCGUAAAAUCGAGGUGAAUAAUGCAACAGCACGUGUAAUGACCAAUAAGAAGAUGGUCACACCAUAUGCAAAUGGUUGGAAGCUGAGCCCAGUGGUUGGAGCGGUCUAUGGCCCUGAGUUAUAUGCAGCAGCCUCCAGUUUUCAAGCAGACGUCUCGCUAGGCAAUGAUGCGGCAGUGCCCCUGUCGGGAAGGGGGGGGAUCAACACUUACAUUCCGCUCAUCAUUCCUGGCUUCCCUUACCCCACUGCAGCCACCACAGCAGCCGCAUUCAGAGGAGCCCACCUAAGGGGCCGAGGGCGGACGGUGUACGGUGCAGUCAGAGCGGUACCUCCAACAGCCAUCCCUGCCUAUCCAGGUGUGGUUUACCAGGACGGAUUUUACGGUGCUGACCUCUAUAUAGACUCUGCAAACAGCUUCAGAUCGGACAGGGUGGAUAUGCAGCCUACAGAUAUGCACAACCUGCUACUGCGACAGCAGCCACAGCCGCUGCCGCCGCCGCAGCCGCUUACAGCGACGGUUAUGGCAGGGUUUAUACAGCAGACCCCUACCAUGCCCUUGCCCCUGCCGCUAGCUACGGAGUUGGCGCUGUGGCGAGUUUAUACCGAGGUGGCUACAGCCGAUUUGCCCCCUACUGAAGUGACGUGACCCCCUGCAGAUGGGACAGCCCCCCAUUCAUGAGGCCUGGCUAUUGCAAUAUUUACUCCUAGAGGAACUCUAUAGCAAGAUGAAGAGGAAAAACAAAAAAAACAAAAACACACAAAAAAAACACAAAAAAAGAGAAAAUACUUUUUUAUACCUCACUAUGUUCUUUGAAUAUGUAUUUUUCCUUUAAAUUUCUGCCUUUAAUUCUUUUGUUCCAAAGAUUGUGCAUUUUUCUUUUUUUUUUUUUUUAACUGUGGUAAAAAAAAAAACGAUGCAUUUCCAUGUCUGUAUGUCCGUGCGUAGCUUAUUCUGCCAAUCACGGAAGAGGCAGUUAAUGAGGAAGGAAAGACUUUAGAAAGUGACCCAUUCAGUGAAUCAGAAGUGAACAGGCAGAAUGACCGAAGUGAGUGGCGCGGCAAGCAGUUGUGGGACUGGCCAACAGGGGAAAGGGGCUCCAUUCUCUCCUUUCUCCAACUCUUUGCCUUUUAUGUUUCUUUGGUGGGCAAUCCUGAUGGACUGUGGCUGGGAUCCCCACGUGGAGGGGCAGCGGGAAGGAUUGGGGGUUCGCGUAGCCGGAGACUAACAGAUGCUUUCCUCUCUCCUCUUCCCUUCUCCCGUUUCCCCAUUCAUUGCUGAUAUCCCUCCAGUGAUAACCAUACCCAUUGUUAAUAAUGCACAGACAGGCUGAUUGGCACCGAGAUCACCAAACCUGUCCUAGACUGUGGAUAAUUAAAAAAAAAAAAAAAAAGCCUUCAUUAGGAAACAGAUCUUA